AGAAAAGAGUCUGGUAGUUUCCAACUGCCAACACCGCUUUGGCAUUUUGGCGCUAGGUCAUUUUUCCUAUCGCGGAAAACGAAAGAAAUUCCGAUUAAAUCAUUUCUACGAUUUUCUCUCCGUCCAAACACUCCCGACACCUCCAUACUUCUGUAAUCACCUUUACCGUACUCCAUAAAAGCUCCACGAUUCAAAGCGAAACGGCAAAUUCAUCAACCUCAAUCUCAAACGAACAUCUGAUUUGCUGCAGAAUUCUGCUCGUUCGAGUAAGGAAAGCGAUCUCGGAAUGAGGGAUUUGUAGGAAGCGUUUCGACAAUGGCGGAGCAGAUGAGCGAGAAGAAUGGUCCACAAGAGGUGGUGGUGGAGGAGGAGAAGAAGGGGAAGAAUGUAGAUCCGGAAUUGUUCAGCUGUUUGCUUCAGCCCAAGAGCUCCGAUUCCGAUCCUGAGUACGUCGGAAUUCGUCGCCUCCUGCUUCAUCGCAAGGCCGAGUCCGGCGUUUUUCGCCGGAGAGAUUGGCGAUGCAAUGGAAAAGGUUAUGUGGCAUAUCAUAAUUACAUUUGCAGGCCAAGGAAUUGGGAAAAUAUGCAAAUACCAAGUGUUAAUAGCACUCCCGGAAACAGUGGGCGAUGGGUUCAACCUCCAAGUCCACUAUCCAUGUUGUUUGAUGUGGAAAGCUGGAGUUCUUCCAGGGACCUGCAAAGUGGUAAUCCAGCUUCAAGUCGCAGAAAUAGUUUUAGUUCAACUGCUAGUGAUAAUGAUCGCCCACGAUUCCGUGGUGUUGAACCUCCAUACUCGUUUGCAGGAAUGCACUGCAUCUUUGAUCAGAGCAAAGCCUCGGUUACGGUUUUGAAGUUUGGUCACAUGAGUUCUGAUCUACUUGCAUAUGGAGCAUCAGAUGGAACGUUGACAGUGUGCAGUGUAUCGGACCCACCUUCAAUCAUCCAGCAUAUGAAAGGGCAUACGAAAGAUGUUACAGACUUUGAUUUCUCAUCCAACAAUCAGUACAUUGCAUCAUCGUCAGUGGAUAAGACUCUGCGAGUAUGGGAGAUAUCAAAAGGUCUUUGUAUUCGAGUAAUAUAUGGAGUUUCUUCACAAAUGUGCAUUCGUUUUCAUCCUGUAAAUAACAACUUUCUUUCAGCUGGCAAUGCAAAGAAAGAAAUUACGGUGUUCAAUUUCAGCACUGGGAGGAUAAUUAACAAAACAGUAUUAGACAGUGAAGUCACCUCUAUGGAUCAUGAUCACACCGGUCAGCUCAUUUUUUGUGGUGAUUCGCUGGGCUGUAUAUACUCUGUAAGUAUGAACUCUCAUACAGGAGCAUUAUCCCGUUCUCAUCGAUAUCGAAUUAGCAACAGGCAAAAAUCUCCUGUCACAACUGUGCAGUACCGAAGUUUCUCACUUUUGGCUCGUGGCCCUGUGUUGUUGACGUGUACUCGAGAUGGAUAUUUGUCUUUCUUUAGUGUUGCUCUUGAAGUACAAGGUUACUUGACUCUUCGUUGCGCACUCAAAUUAACUCCUCGAAUACACAGCAUUCGGGCUUCCUUCUGUCCUUUGCUAUCCCUUGAGAAAGGAGAAUAUGUUGUUGCGGGAAGCGAGGAUUCAAAUGUCUACUUCUACGAUUUAACUCGGCCAAAGCAUACAUGCGUAAACAAGUUGCAGGGCCAUCGGUUUCCGGUUAUGGAUGUUGCAUGGAACCAUGGAGCAAACCUGUUGGCCUCAUCUGAUUUUUAUGGCACGGUUAUUGCGUGGAAGAGAUCAAAGACAGUUUAAGACAAAUGUAUACAAUAGAAGCUAGUCACACAAGAUCAUACCCUCUGGAGUCUCAAUUCUCCAUUUUGCUUAUCUUUACAGAAACUGAUUAACCAUUUAGGGUGUCACUAAAGUGAUGUAUUAUUACCACACCCAUUAGUAUAAGACAUCAAAAGUCUUGUAUUCUUCAGUGCUGUAUUAUUCAUAUAAGAAAUGCUUGACGUGAAAUUCAACUCAUUAUUGGAAUUUUGAUUUGUACCCUA